GGAAGUAAACGUAGCACUGUUGAUCUACAAGAAGUUCUCGCUGAGUUAAAUCGCAAACAAAAGGAACAAAUAUGGGUCAGUCUUUAUUCUUGGACUGAUGUUCAACUUUUAAAAUUAGUGGAGGAUAAUGUACCUGAGGGAGACGUGGUGGAGCCUGACCAGCCUCCCGAUGAAGAAAGAAAAGGCCCGCCACAGAAGGAUGGAUCAGUCAGCCAGAGCUGUCAAGAUCCACCACAAAUUGAAGGAUCGGCCAGCCAGAGCCAUCAAUAUCUACCGAUUAAGGAACCAUCUGAGCCUUAUAAUGCCAAGCUGAUGGAGGGAAUCCUGCAGUUUGCCUCCAUGUACCUCAACACUUUUAAAGAAGAGGAAAUAUUUAUUCCGGACAAGUUAUUGGAAUUUGCUGUUUUACUGCAUGGAAUGGUGACUGUGUUAGAAGGUGCAGUACAAGCUGGAGUGUUGUCUCUGUGUGAGCUUUGGUGGUUAAGGAAGCUUGAGGAACGCGAGCAUCUUAUUGGAAACGUCUUACCACUUCUUCUUGAUGUUGCCACCGGCAAAACUGCCAGGAAGAAAGAUGUUAUUAGACUGUGGUCACUAAAUGACGCUUUACAAGUAAGUGACCUCGACAAUUCUGAAAAUGAGAGGUUUGUCGAGCGUCUGGUGGCCUCUGCCGCGUGUACAGUCUUCCUCAGCUGUGACGAGGGAGUCAAAUGGAUCGCAGGGCUGUUUUCGUGGGCGUCACUCGUUCCUCUCCUGCAUCAAAGUAUAAAGACAGUUCUUCCUGACUGCAUCAGACCACAGAUUGCCAAGUAUGCUGAAGUUUAUUUUCGAGCCUGGAAGAGCAGCCAGGGUGAUGUUAAGAAGACUGUGGAGGAGAAUUGUCUUCAAGACUUUAUGUACGCCGCCGUCCAUGUGAAUCCAAUGUCUGGCCGACUGUCAACUAAUCUCCACCAUCUUCUCCACCACAUUCACCGUCAGAAGAGACAUCAUGCUGUUGCCACCACCAUAUACUGUCUCUAUGAUCCCUUCCUCUGGCGGUCUCUCAAG